GAACUUGCUGUCUUCCAAAUCCCUUGAACAAUAUACCAUAAAAUUCAGAAAUUAAGUGUUGAUAUAGAAUACACGGUGUGGAUGGACCCACAUACCCCAGAGAUAAGAAAUAUUGAUGACUUCACACAGUGUGGCCCGAGUCAUUGGUCACCUGAGAAGGGUUAUAGAGGGACAAGUUGACACUUUAAGUAUUCCCAUUUCUGACCAGAGAACUAAUAGUGAAUUACUGGAGACCUUUGGUUUGUGGUUUUUUCUCUCUUGAGACCCUAGGGAUACUGUUUGGCACUGCCAACAGUAGGAAGCCACGUGAUGGGGUGAAGACUGCUCUGCUUUCACAGCUCAUGUAACCAAAUAGAGUCUUCUGAAAGUUGUAACCAGUGCUUAACCUGUGGCUUUGACUUUUCAGAAUGGACUUCGAUGACGAAGAUGGUGAAGGUCCCAGUAAAUUUUCAAGUGAGAUUGAGCGGCGCAGGCGGAACAAGAUGACUCAAUAUAUUACGGAACUCUCCGACAUGGUUCCCACCUGCAGUGCACUGGCUAGGAAGCCAGACAAGCUCACCAUUCUGCGCAUGGCGGUCUCACACAUGAAGUCCAUGAGGGGCACCGGCAACAAAUCUACUGAUGGCGCAUACAAGCCUUCCUUCCUCACUGAGCAGGAACUGAAGCAUCUCAUCCUUGAAGCUGCUGACGGAUUUCUGUUUGUGGUGGCUGCCGAGACAGGGAGAGUAAUCUACGUGUCUGAUUCUGUCACUCCUGUCCUGAACCAGCCACAGUCAGAGUGGUUUGGGAGCACACUCUAUGAACAGGUGCACCCUGAUGACGUGGAGAAACUGAGAGAACAGCUGUGUACUUCAGAAAACUCCAUGACAGGCCGCAUCCUGGACCUGAAGACUGGGACAGUGAAGAAGGAGGGACAGCAGUCGUCCAUGCGCAUGUGUAUGGGCUCCCGGCGCUCCUUCAUCUGUAGGAUGAGGUGUGGAAAUGCUCCCUUGGACCACCUGCCUUUGAACAGAAUAACCACCAUGAGGAAAAGGUUCAGGAAUGGCCUUGGCCCUGUGAAAGAAGGAGAAGCCCAAUAUGCCGUGGUCCACUGCACAGGUUACAUCAAGGCUUGGCCACCAGCAGGAAUGAGCAUACCCGAAGAAGAUGCCGAUGUUGGACAAGGCAGUAAAUAUUGCCUUGUAGCAAUCGGGAGGCUCCAGGUGACCAGCUCUCCUGUGUGCAUGGAUAUGAGUGGCAUGUCAGUGCCCACGGAGUUCCUGUCACGGCAUAACUCUGAUGGGAUCAUCACGUUUGUAGACCCAAGAUGCAUCAGUGUGAUUGGCUACCAGCCCCAGGACCUUCUGGGAAAAGAUAUUUUGGAAUUCUGCCACCCUGAGGAUCAGAGCCACCUACGGGAGAGCUUCCAGCAGGUGGUUAAGCUGAAGGGCCAAGUGCUGUCGGUCAUGUACAGGUUCCGCACCAAGAACCGGGAGUGGCUGUUGAUCCGCACCAGCAGCUUCACCUUCCAGAACCCCUACUCUGAUGAGAUCGAGUAUGUCAUCUGCACCAACACCAACGUCAAGCAACUUCAGCAGCAGCAGGCAGAGCUGGAGGUACACCAGCGAGACGGGCUGUCAUCAUAUGACUUGUCUCAGGUCCCGGUACCCAACCUACCCACUGGCGUUCAUGAGGCAGGGAAGCCUGUGGAAAAGGCAGAUGCGAUCUUCUCCCAAGAGAGAGACCCUCGUUUUGCUGAGAUGUUUGCAGGCAUCAGUGCAUCGGAGAAGAAGAUGAUGAGCUCAGCCUCAGCAUCCGGCAGCCAGCAGAUCUACUCCCAAGGAAGUCCAUUCCCUGCAGGGCACUCGGGCAAGGCCUUCAGCUCUUCUGUGGUCCAUGUGCCUGGAGUGAAUGACAUUCAGUCCUCCUCCUCAACGGGCCAGAACAUAUCGCAGAUCUCCCGGCAGCUGAACCAGGGCCAGGUGGCAUGGACAGGCAGCCGUCCACCCUUCCCAGGGCAGCCCAGCAAGACGCAGUCAUCUGCCUUCGGAAUUGGAUCAAGCCACCCCUACCCAGCCGACCCUUCAUCCUACAGUCCUCUCUCCAGCCCAGCUGCCUCCUCACCAAGCGGAAACGCAUACCCCAGUCUUGCCAACAGGACUCCAGGGUUUGCUGAGAGUGGACAGAGUGGAGGGCAAUUCCAGGGCCGGCCCUCAGAGGUCUGGUCCCAGUGGCAGAGCCAGCAUCACGGACAGCAGAGCGGUGAGCAGCACUCCCACCAGCAGCCUGGCCAGACUGAAGUGUUCCAGGACAUGCUACCCAUGCCGGGCGACCCGACGCAGGGGACUGGCAACUAUAACAUCGAGGACUUUGCUGACCUGGGCAUGUUCCCUCCAUUUUCUGAGUAGCUUCAGGCAAAGCCAGGCUUCUACUGCCCAGGCGCUAUUAUCAUACCAUAGAUGCCCAUGUUCAAAGAGUGCCCCCUCACCCAGCUUGCCCUGCUGCAGAACCCCCGGAAAUCUCCCUUAUUCCCCAUCCUCCCCGGACAUGGCAUCACCUGGCUCUAAUCCACAGCGCUGGCUUCUUGGGUUUGGGUCUUUGUAUUUAUUGUACUUUAUCUGUGUGCUCGGAAGGGGGCCUCCAGGGUCUUAAAUCCCAUUGUGAAUAAUCUAUUAAUGGACAGUUUGCACCCAUCAAGUGUUGACUUGGCAUCCACAAUGGCUGGCAGCACCAGCAGUCUGCCCGGUGCAGAAGCUGGGUUUCUUUCUGCUUUUUCCGCAGCUGCUGCCUGGAGGCUUCGUGUCAGAGUGAGAGGCAAUAACCUCUACAUUCUGUGCUGGAGCCCAGAGAGCAGGAUGUAAGUCUCCCACACUCACCCGUCCUUGAUGGCCUGGGACCAGGUGUGCUUUAAACAGUGAGAGUCAAAGUUGUGGCUUGGUAGAUGUACUGUGGUGUGUCGGUGUGUGUGGCCAGUGAGAGUGAGAAGCAGGCCCCAUUCAGCUGCAGCAUUUCAAAGGAGAGCAUGAAUGCAGCCGUGAAGCGGGGCUGACUCCCCAGAAGUCAGGGCUGGGGCGCUGCUCGCUUUGUAAGUCAGUUCUUUGGUCCCCUGCCCUUUUACCGACAUCCUGACAUCCUCCACUUCUUAACGUUUCUAGCCCUUCCUCCUUGUGACCUGUGAGAGCACUCACCCUUCUCCUACUAGGCCUGAGGGACAGUGUGCUGAUUCCAUGAAGGUCAAUGCAUUUUCCCUGCUCUGCAGACAGCCGAGCUGCUUUCUGCCCAGCACCUUCGGGAAGUCAGACCUGUACAGGGUUAGGAUACCUCUCCUCUAAGUGUGCCCGAUACCUUCUGCUCAGUAACCCGGAAAGAAGAUGGGGCCACCCUCUGGGUGGAGAAGGGUUCCCUGGGCCACCUGGGCCUCUGUCUUCAUCAGGCAGGAGAAGCAGGAGUAUCUCAGGGGACAUAGCCAGGCCUAUCAGGCCAGGGACUCUGCUCUGACCAUGCUUCUACAAAGACCUGAAUUCCUCAGUGGUCUUAAGGUAGAACAAUGAGCUAACUUCUAGACAGUGGUUCUCAGCCUGUGGGCUGUGUUGGGGGUGUCAGACAACCAUUUCACAGGGGUCGUAUAUCAGGUCUCCUGCAUAUUUGAAUAUUUACAUAAUGAUAUAUAACAGUAAAGAUUUACACUUAUGAAAUAGCAAUGAAAAUGAUUUUAUGGUUGAGGGUCACCACUACAUGAGGAACUAUACUAAAGGGUCACAGAGUUAAGAAGGUUGAGAGCCGCUGUUCUAGAAGCUUCUGCCUGGCUUAUCUCUGACGUCAGAGUCCCUGUGUCAGCCAGAUUUGAAAGAGGUUCAGAUCCCACCCACUCCACCCUGCCCUUCCACACUCCAUGUGCUUCUGUGAGUUCUCCGCCUCCCUUCACUUAAUCAACCCUCCCCUCAGCCCACUGCUGUCCAAAUGUGAGAGAAACUACAGAACUACCUUAAGCAGGCCCUGGGGUCCUCCAGAGUCCUUCAUGAACCCCUUGUUAGAACUAUGGCGGUACAUGCCCUCAGAACAGAUAUGCCUUGCUGCCUGGCUCCUGGGGAGCUGGGGGUACAAGAGGCUCCAGGAUGCACAGGGGCAGGAGGAGCAUGGAGAUUAAGAGCCUAGGAGAACACCACUCAUUCAGAAGCCCAGCUCUGCCUGGCAUCGAGGGAAACCAGUGUUUUCACAGGACUCACUUGCAAACUUUGCUUGGCUCAGCAGACUGCCCUUGGCAGCAGCCCACCCUAAGGGAUCCCAUUCCUGACAAACUCUGGCCCCAGAAUCCUCGAGAAGCUUUGAAUGCUUCCAUGGAGAGUAGUAACGCAGUCUGAGCUUCAUCUCGGCCUCAGAACCCCCAGCAGUCUCCUAUGUGUGCUGCCUGAUUUGGCUCCUGUCCCCAGCAGCCUGGAGCUGGCCUCGGGUGGUGAGCAAAAGUUAUAAAAGGGGAAAAGGGCCCAAAGCUAGCUUCAGGAGCAAAGAAUGCCUUCCAGUGAUGAAAGUAGCCGUGACCUUUAGCUUGUGAGUUGAGAAGUGUAGGAGCUAUGGGUUUUGUUUUAAUGCCUUUGGUGGGAAGUGGGGGGCUUUUCUUGGGUGUAACGUGGGCUGUCACACUGCCUUGGGUUCAGGGCACGAAGGUCUGCAGAAAAAAAAAGAACAGAAUUCCUGCUUGCAAUCAUUUCAUGUCCUCUCUCUGUAAAGAAGUCUAGGGUAUGGUCACCUCAGCCCUUGGUCCUGAGGAGCAGAGGGGGGCAUUCUUGGGCACCCACAAGACAAUAGCAAGCACUGAUAAAAGGCUCCUGCUUGCCCCGUCCCCAGUCUUAUCUAGGAAGGUCCACAGCCAGAAGGUGGGAAUUGGGCCGGCUUGAGUUCUGCAUCUUUUCUAUACCCCCUCUGCUUCUAUGUGAUUCUCAAAAGCCACAUGUGCAGGAGGUGGGGGAGAGUCCCACCCCACAAGGGCUUCUCACACCCAAGUGUUUUUGAAACACGGGAGUCAGAAUCAAAGCCGUUAUCCUGCAAAAGAUGUCCCCUCAUAUGUCCCCUGCCGAGGAAGCCAAUAUGCUGGCCCUCCAGUUAAUAUCCAUCCAGCUUCCCGCCCUGGUGGGGUCUUAGCUGGCUAGGGAGGGACAGGGGAUGUUGGCUUCCUACAGUUCUGUAAUUCAUCAUUCCCUGCUGAAGUCCAAGUGGCUCCUUUUCGGCUGAGCAAGCAGGAGAGGGACAUGUAAGGACCACCUGAGUCAUUGGCAAGGGCACAGGAGCUCCAGAAGAAUGGGCCAGAGACUGCCAGGCCAGCCAAGGAUGGUUCUAGAACCCUGCCUUGAUGUCAUUCCUGUUUGUUUCAUUGUGGUUUCAGGGAGGGAGUGAGCCAGCAUGAACAUCCACAUUCAUCACGCUCAGCUCAGCCUCUUGUGUCAUAAAGUGACUAAUGUGGGUAGUAGUAUUUGGGUUGGCGACUUAACCCACUGAGGAGCUCACAUCCCCUGUCAUUAGGAGGACAGUGAGGCACCAGGUUAGCCCACUGGCAAGCAUCCAGGCUCCCUUCAGCUCCGAGCUAGAGAUCUGGCAGGUCUGUCAUCUCAUGUAGCACAGUCCAGCCAAUGAGCAGUAGCCACUCCCAGUGUGAGCUCACCUGCUUCCUGACAACUAUGGCCUGUCUCACAAGCAAAAACAAGUCAUUUGCUAAUCACCAACAGAAAGACAAAAUUAAAACCCUCUUUGUAUGUGGCCAUGGGUUGCUAUGUCCUAACUUGCCAAUCCAUUCUCCCCUCCCCUCCCAAGCUGAUGUUCACCUGAAGUGCCACCACUGGAGAGACUGAAACAGGAAGUGUCAUGAGCUCAGGAGUUCAAGACCUACCUGGGCAAGAUAAUGAAACUAAUCUUAAAAACAAAUCUAUAGCUGAGUGACUUGGCCACAUUUCAUGUGCUGAGGAGCCACCAGCUCCCUGGCAGCCAGUCUCCUCCAUUGCCUAGAAUCUGGGACAGCUUUAAAGAGGUAGCUCACAAGGGCACGGGCACAUUUCCACAUGUGACAUGCCCUGUCUUGUGCCCUAAGCUGAGUUGGUUCAAGUAGCCUGCAAAUCUUGUGGGUACUGGCUAUAGCAAAAUGGAGCUUUUCACAGGUCAUCCAGGGCCCAGCAGUUUGCUUUGUCUAACUGUUCCCUUAAAACUUCACAAGCAGGCUUCCAAGAACAGCAAGCACUUACUCAUCUCUCUCUCAGCCUUUCUUAUGGAUGUGAACCGUGCCGUGGGUAAAUCAUUUGUAUUUCUUGAAUGUUCUGUAUAACUAACAGGUAUUAAGUCACUGGUUAUAUGUAUAACUAAUGUAACUGCCUUUUAAAUUUUCAUUUCAAUAAAAAAUGACUUUGCUCUGAACAGUGA